AUGCCAUCACCGUCCCGCCCGCCACCUAUUGAUACUGCCAGCGCACAGAGCCCUGAGGUUUCCCGCCCCCGCCGUAGUGGGCGUUUGGCUGGACGGGCGGCUCACCCGACUCCGUGGGCGCACGAUCCUGACCGUGAAGCGAGAAGGACUCAUCUAGCGGAACGGAGUGACGAGCAGGGGAGCGCUGGACGGCUCUUUUCCUUUCUGAACCCAUUCAAUACCGGUAACCCCACAGCGGACCAAUCCACCAACAGUGGAACAACAUCUCCGGCCACUCCGAUCCCAUUCGACCAACCCGGGUCACCGGCCUCGCCUGAAUACGAUACCCCACAUUCACGGGCUGGCAGUCCGUCGCUUGCUGAACCAGCGGAAACCCGAUCACAGCCACCAUCAACUCCUGGCUCGAUGGCCUCCGAAACCUCGGGCAGUCGCCAUAAUCAUGUCAGACGAGAUCGCCUGCUUAGUGAGCUGUGUCAUAUUCAUCCGGACCUGUGGCAUAUUUUCAACGUGGAAUUGGAAGAACUAGAAGAACUUCGAGGGGUUUCGAACUUUGACCUGGAUGCCUGGAGAAGCGUGCUGACGGAAUAUCCUACUCUUCAAGAGAGAGCCACGUCACGUUUGGUUCAAGUAGAAGCUAGCUUUUCAGAUUACAACCACAAUAUUGUUCGACAACCCAUUCCUUCAACAGUGCAGGGAGCCGAUCGGCGCACCGAAGAUUUCUAUAAGACAGUGCUUGAUCGUAUAUCUAGCAACCUCGAUGAAACUGCCUUGCAGACUGCGUUAGAAGAGGUUGACACAAACAGACCUGAUGGUGCCAACGCAUUCAUGGCUAAUUUCUGGGUACCUCACCGACGAAUGCUAGAGCGAACAACGUCAGCUGACGAUCGAAAGACAGUUCAACUACACAUGGCUGAAUAUAUUCGCACAUUUCACAAUCACCCUGUGUUUAAUGAUCUUCGUGCCCGGCUGGAACGUGACCACUCAACAGGGGGGGAUAAUGGUCCCGCUGGAGGACGGGUUCCCCCUGCAAGUGGUGGUGGUGGAGGUGGUCCCCCUGGAAGAGGUGGAGGAGGUGGAGGAGGUGGUGGUCCCCCUGAAGGAGGUGGAGGAAGCGAUGGUGCCCCUGGAAGAGGUGGAGGAGGUGGUGGUCCCCCUGGAGGAGGAGGUGGUGGAGGUGGUCCCCCUGGAGGAGGAGGUGGAGGAGGUGGUGGUCCCCCUGGAGGAGGUGGAGGCGGUCCCCCUGGAAGUGGUGGUGGAGGUGGAGGAGGUGGUGGUCCCCCUGAAGGAGGUGGAGGAAGCGAUGGUGCCCCUGGAAGAGGUGGAGGAGGAGGUGGUGGAGGUGGUCCCCCUGGAGGAGGAGGUGGUGGAGGUGGUCCCCCCGGAGGCGGAGGUGAUCCUCCUGGAGUUCCAUCUGCAGCUGCAAGAUCACAUCCUCGCAAUGGAUGGGUAUACGAUGGCGACAUGGAAAAGCAGGUUGUGUCGUAUAGGCGGAGUGGAAGUGGACAUCAGGUACUAUUAAAAACUCCGGCCCCAUGUGAAGGGUAUUUUGACCACGAAUUAGUUGCCGCACAUCUCGUCGGUGGAGACGCUGCGGUGGAUGGUUUCAAGGCGGCAAUGGAAGAACAAGGAACCGAGCCUCCCUUAUUUCAAGAGGGUAGCAUUGAUCUUCUCAGGAGUGCGUCUAAACAAGACAUACGCAUCGUAAGCCGAGCAGUUAUUCGGCGAUACGGUUAUCCCCCACCUGGCGGGUACUUAAAUGCCCCCUUUCAGUACCUGGAGUUGCUUUUCGUGAGCCGGUCAGAGAAGUGCUGGUAUGCCAAAUCCACCGUCGCGCGAUACCAUAAUUCCGUCUGGGUUGAUAAUCUCUUGCGGGGCCUUUACGACGCGUCCGGAAUUUCCCCUCCAGAUUUCACACCUUCAUUGACAAGGCAACGAAACCGUGGCGAAGCGGCUGGUAGUACAGCAGUACCACCACCCGGCUUUUUACCAAACAGUGGAACGGCCCAGACGACAGUACCACCCGGUUUCGCGCCACCAAAUAGCCAGAUCCCGGAGCCCAUCACAAAUCGCCUAAAUAACCUAGAAUCUAAGUUGCGGGACAUUGAAGGCAUGCUAAGGCAGCUAGCCAACAAUCGACUCUAUCCAAGUCCUCCUCUGGAGACAAGCUACACAACUCCUCCGGAGACACGCUACACAACUCCUCAAAGGGACCCGACAGGUGAUCGCAUCAACUCUCUUGAAGCACGACUGGGGGAGCUAAUGGAUUUGUAUUAA